UCUGCCUAGCGGAGCUCGUCUUCUCAAACUGACUUUUUAUUUAAUUUUUCGCGGGAAUUCCAAGCAAAAAAAAUUAGGCGAUGCUCUCGGCAACUUUUCUCUUGUCACGGUUCUCUCCUUCUCUACCACCUUCACUUUUCUUUACCCAACCAUCCAAAUCUUCGACACAAAGGAAGAGCUCGAAGUCAAGGAAUAAUAGUCAUUACAGGAUCGCCACGGAUUUGCGUUGCUUUUGUAGCGAAGAUCCGAAUUCGACGUCCCAUUGUCAGAACCCAAGUUUUACCUCCGGCUCCCAAGAAAACCCAGAUGCGGAUUUUCCUGACAAUGAGUCGGAGAGCCAGUGGCUCAGUCCUGAACGCCUCGCGCUGUGGCUUCGGUCUUGUCGUAGUUUGAAGGAGGUCAGAAAGAUACAUGCGGUUGUUGUGAAAUUUUUGUGGGAUUCGGUCACGUACGUUGGCAAUAAUUUGAUAAGUUCUUAUUUGGGGUUCGGGAAGUUAGGUGAGGCCCGUAAGGUGUUCGAUAAAAUGCCGAAGAAGAAUGUGGUUACUUGGACCGCUGUGAUUAAUGGGUAUUUGGAUGUUGGUUUGGAAGAUGAGGCUUUGAGUUUGUUUGAGGAUUCUAUUGAAAAUGGGGUUCGAGCGAAUGAAAAGAUGUUUGUAUGUGUUUUGAAUUUAUGUAGUAGGAGAUUGGAUUUUGAGCUGGGGAGUCAAAUUCAUGCUUGUAUUGUGAAAGGUGGUUUGAGGAACUUGAUUGUGGAUAGUGCCAUUGUUUACCUCUAUGCACAAUGUGGGGCGCUGCAAAGUGCAUUUCGUGCAUUUGAUCAGAUGCCUGAGCGGGAUGUGGUUUGUUGGACAACUAUGAUUACUGCUUGUUCACAACAAGGGCAUGGACAGGAGGCCUUGUCGCUGUUCUCACAAAUGUUAAGUAACGGGUUCUCCCCUAAUGAGUUUACAGUAUGUGGUGUUCUGAAGGCCUGUGGAGAGGAGAAGGCAUUAAAAUUUGGGAGACAGUUACACGGUGCCGUAGUGAAGAAAAUGUAUAAGAAUGAUGUUUUUAUAGGGACUUCCCUUGUUGAUUUGUAUGCAAAAUGUGGGGAGAUGAUAGAUUCUAGAAAAGUAUUUAAUAGAAUGAGGAAUAGAAACACAGUUACAUGGACAUCAUUUAUAGCUGGAUAUGCUCGAUAUGGGCUUGGUGAGGAGGCCCUAAGACUCUUUAGAGUAAUGAAGAGACGAAAUAUAUAUGCAAACAACUUGACGAUUGUAAGUGUCCUCAGGGCUUGUGGCUCUAUUGAGGCUUCACUGUUGGGAAGAGAACUUCAUGCACAAAUAAUCAAGAAUUCUGUCGAAACCAAUAUAUACAUAGGAAGCACUCUAGUAUGGUUUUACUGUAAAUGUGCAGGGUACCUUCAUGCCUUCAAGGUCCUCCAACAGAUGCCUCUUAGGGAUGUUGUCUCAUGGACUGCCAUUAUUUCUGGUAGUGCACGACUUGGGCAUGAGUCUGAGGCUCUUGAGUUCAUGAAAGAAAUGAUGGAGGAAGGUGUGGAUCCUAACUCUUUUACUUAUUCAUCAGCUCUGAAAGCAUGUGCUAAUCUGGAAGCUAUCCUUCAAGGGAAAUCAAUUCAUUCCCAUGCAAACAAGACUCCUGCAUUGUAUAAUGUCUUUGUGGGCAGUGCAUUAAUUUAUAUGUAUGCGAAAUGCGGAUAUGUAUCAGAGGCGUUCCUAGUUUUUAACAGCAUGCCAGAACGGAAUUUGGUUUCUUGGAAGGCAAUGAUUCUGUGUUAUGCUAAAAAUGGGCUCUGCCAAGAGGCUUUGAAGCUCAUGUAUCGGAUGAAAGCUGAAGGUUUUGAGGUGGAUGAUUACAUCUUUGCAACAGUUCUUACUGAAUGUGGAGAUUUUGAGUGGGAUAUGGAUCCUUCAUCUGAGUAUUUCUUGCAGUCAAGUUAAUCCUUUGCAUAUAGGGAUUCUGAUGUCUUAACAAAUUUGAUUGCAAUCAUAUAUAUCCACUUAACAUAGAGCAGAUAUCUACCGAAGAGGGGAAACACAUAAACAUUGAAUUAAUAUAUGAAAAAAUGUAUUGGCAAGGAGUGAUCUGCCUGACUCCCUGUUUGAACCCUGCCAUCUUUGCUCUCGAGUAGGAAGGGGAGAAAGAAAAAUUGUUCAGUUCCAAUUCACUUCAUUCAUCCAGGUGAUUUCCCUGUGUCUUUUCUCGGGAACAAUGUAUUGUUACUUUCCUUCAGGAACGCUGAGCACCAAAGCUCGCAUCAGUAAGAAUGCAUUAUUGUAGACAUGUGCAGUGUAUUAGUUACGCAAAGCAAGAUUUGUCUUGGCAAGUAAAUUGCAAAGAGGUCCUCUAUGUAGGAAGAUCUUCCAAACUUUACGUGGCUUAUUGAAAUUUUUUCGUGGUUUAUAAACAGUGAAUCAGUGAUGAAUAUUUGUUCCUCUUCUUUCAAGGUAUAUUAUACAUUUGAAGGGUGCUAUGUGAAGCACAAGCCAA